AUGCAGUUGCAGUUGAAAAAGAUUGAGGACAUGAUCCAGGAACAUCAAUCCACCCAAGUAGAGAUAGUGGCAGCCUUGAAGGACUAUCGAUCUAACCAAGAACAGAUCCAAAAAGAAAUGUUCACCGUGCUUUAUAAAUUGGAAAAUCAAGCCGUGCUUAAUCGAAGCGACGCUCACAACCGGCAGCAGGAAUUGCCUACAGCUCUUCAUAAACUCGAUAGCGACGACGACAAAGUGCAUAACAUCAGUCAGCAGAUAAUGAAUGUCUUGCCACAGCCCAAGCUAACGGUGGAUGGUUUCUCGUGCAAAAAUGUUCCUUCGAAAGUGUCCGGAACGUAUCUGAUCCGCGUGAAGAAUGAUAGUGAACCGUUUGAAGUGUAUUGUGAACAGAAAUCGUUCGGCGGUGGAUGGAUUGUGUUUCAGUACCGUUACAAUGGAUCACUGGACUUUUACCGAGGGUGGAAUGAGUUUCGUGACGGUUUUGGAGAUGUGUACGACGAGUUCUGGUUAGGUCUCGAGAAGGUCCACCAGAUAACAAGUGGUCGUAAGCAUGAAUUUGUCGUUCAAUUGAAAGACUUUAAUGAAACGUACAAGUAUGCGCGGUACGAUGCAUUCGAGAUCGGUAGUGAAAGUGAGCAAUAUGUGCUGAAAGAAUUUGGAAACUACAGGGGAACAGCAGAUGAUGCCAUUUACUUUUAUGAUAAAGGUAUGAAGUUCUCUACGAAAGAUCGGGAUAAUGAUGAGAACAGCGACAGGCAUUGUGCACAGGAGCGCGAAGGUGCAUGGUGGCACUGGGAUUGUGCCGCAGCGAAUUUGAACGGGCGGUACAUGAAUGCUCACGAUACAAAAUCAAUGUUUUGGUUUUCUUUCCGUGAAUUUCAAGGAUUGAGUUACUCGCGAAUGAUGAUCCGGGAGCUGGAAUAG